AUGAUUGUCCAUCAGAUGGAUGUUAAGGCAGCAUACCUAAAUGCCCCCAUUGAUUGUGACAUCUUUGUUGAACAACCUAAGGGCUACGAAAAAGUGGGGGGAAAUGGUAAGAAACUUGUUUGCAAACUCAAUAAGUCUCUGUACGGUCUCAAACAGAGUGGUAGGAACUGGAAUGCAACACUUCAUAACUACUUGGUGAAGGAAGGGUUUAUGCAAUCCCAGGCUGACCCUUGUGUCUACCAUAAGUUUGUUGAUGGUGAUGCCAGUAAGUGCAUUAUCUUGAUUAUUUGGGUAGAUGAUUUACUUAUUUCUGCAAGUAACUCUGAUUUGUUACAAACGGUGAAGGGAAAUUUAAGUGAAAGGUUUAAGAUGAAGGAUUUUAAUUAGGAAUCUUACAUUGGUUCUUAGGCACUGAGUUCAAAUGUUCUGAUGGUAUGAUAGAGAUGAACCAAACUCGCUAUAUUGAAAAGGUGUUAGAAAAAUUUGGAAUGAAUAAUUGUAAACCUAAGACAACCCCAUCUGUUCUUGGAUUUGACAAGGUUAUUGAUAUGGAAUCAGCUGUCUUAGAGGAUCCCAACUCCUAUAGGCAGAUUGUUGGAAGCCUUAUUUAUGUCAUGACAGGUACAAGACCAGAUUUGUGCCACAUUGUGACAAAGUUAUCUCAACACAUGUCAAAACCUACGGCAGCAGCUUUAAAUGCAGCAAAGCAUGUUCUUAGGUACUUGAAAGGAACGUCUGUUUUAAGUUUAAAGUUCAGAAAAAUGAAACAACCUUUGGAGUUGAUAGGUUUUAGUGACUCUGAUUGGGGAGGUUGUGUUAGUGAGAGAAAGAGUAUUUCAGGUUAUUGUUUUCAACUGUCAGAAUCAGGACGAAGUUAG